UGAACUUAUUCAAGUUUUCUGUAAGUAUUUUCUGUUGUUGAGCUCAAAGAUGCGCCACUGCGCCAAUUGGCGUUGUCUCACGAAAGCUUCAAGCCAAACCGGUGACGUUCCAGGCCCAUUUUAGACUUUUGUCGCCCGGAGUUGGACCCAACUCAAUCUCGUUCUCAUUGCAUCAUUAUUUGCCCGGCGAGUUGAUAUAUGAAGGCUCUCGCUGCGCGCAUCUGUCUGUUGGCGAAUUUUUUAACACCAACCCUUCCCCACAGACAACCAGCCUUAUCCAAACCCUCUACAAGCCAAAUGAGCUUGUAAUAAAGCCGUCCCACACAAAUAACCCAAGCUCCCACUUGGGCGAUUUUAUGAAGUCGAUCGCUCCAAACCCCCUCUCACCAUUCGCUCGUUAAAAUAACUUCCUCCCCUCCUCUCUCUCUGGCAACUCGAAACUCCUAUGUGAAACUCUGCAACAUCGGACCCGAAAACCCGAAGUCAUGCAUACCGCACUGUUGACAAACAAGCUCAAGGCCGCCCAGCCUACCUCCGCCCACUCCAUAACACAGCCACCAAGCCGCUACCCCUCUCCCCCCGGCGCUGUCUCCUAUCCUCCUCAGCCCCCGAUUCGCUACUCUUCUACCCCUCCGCCAUCCCCUCUAUCCCCCCUAUCAACCGAUCCUAUCUUCGACGCCGUAAACGGUGAUAAAUCCAAUGACGUGGACCAGCAGGUUAAGCUCGCCUUGACGGAAUUGCUCAAUUCGGCCUCCAUCAAAACCCACCAAGACGUCCGCAUGUGGGUGCAGAAUAAGCUCAUGGAUACUGAGCACAGACUGAAAGCUAGACGGAAGCGUCGGAUCUCUAACUUGGGCUUGAAGAAUGACACGUCGCCGUUGAGCGCUCCGUUGAGCGCUCCUGGCAGAUAGUAUAUAUAUAUAUAUUUCUUCUUGCCUCUUGUUGGAUUUUCCUUGGGGAAUUUAAAAAGCUACGACCUACUGCGUAAGGCGGACUAGAAAGAGGUUUUUUCUUUUUUUCUCAUUCAAACGCAGAAAAUACGGGUAGCUCCUGAAUGAGAGGCGUUGGGGUUUUUUUUUUCUUUUCCCUAAACCUUCAUGGGUCUCGGAGAUCUCACCACUGGUUAUGAUAUCUGGGAGGUUUGUGUGCUUUCAUGCAGGUUUUGCGCUCUGUGAGCUUACUAUUUGAUGCAUUGGUGUUAAUGAAUGGUGUGUCCCAUGUGUCAAGAAAAGUCAUUGGAGUCUGUUUGGCGUUAUGAAUGCUCGCCGUGGGACAGCUUUUUCCUUUGUUUUCCUUUUUUAUUCCCCCCCUCCCCCUUUUUUUUUUCUUUCUUUCUUUUUUUUUUCCCUAAAUUUUCUUCUUUUGAUUUCUCAUCUCCAUCAUUACCUACCUCUCUUGAACAUGCAAUGGCAUUUUACCAUAGUUGAUGAUGAGAUAUCAAUAUGAUACAAAACAAAAAAACGGAAAAGAAUUAUUUUAUUCAAACAGGUUGCAGAACAUCACUAGAGCAUUUCUUCUAUUCAGCUAUGGCUAGAAAGGUGUUGCAACAGCCUCUACAACAGGCAUUAAGCAAGCAAGCAUUCAUACCUUCAAAUCACUUUCUGAAGGGUUUACCUACUUAUCGGGUGAGUUGCUGCAUGCAUGUACAGUAAUAAUGCAGAGAACUCACCCGAUGUAAUGAAAAUAUCAGAGUAACAAAAGAGAGGCCUUUUGUAUGAGUUCAUCAUAUAAAAGGUAUUUAUUAAGAACAAUGAAUAUCUUCAAUUCAGAUAAUGUAGAAACUUAAGAGUAUAUAUUAUAAAAUGUUUAUAUAUAUAAUAACAAAGUUGAAUUAUUGAAGAUAUUCAUGUUUUUCAAUAUGUAUACUUUGUAUGAUCAAUCCAGACCGAAGGUUCUCUUCUUCAUUAUGGUCAUAUUUUCUUUACGUCGAAAUUAGGAAUUAGGGAUAGAUUUAGAGGGCGGAGUUACUACUUCUCAUACCCCUUACAAGCAUUCCUGCCCAAGUAGCACCAAGUUCCCUAGAUUAAGUGAUAUCUAUAGCUACACGCCGAAUUUCUAUGAUAGAUCAAGAG